CAGCUGUCAAAUCAAAAGUGUACUUGAUGUAGAUCACAUUGUUAGGAUAUUUAUUACAAAAUGAUAAGAAAAUACGACUUUACAGCGUAGUUUUAUGCAAAUCUCAUCGCGAAAAAGGCAUGGCAGUGGUCGAGCGGCGAGCUACUCGGGCGCGGUGAGGAGCGGCGCGGGGCCAUGGCGGAGCCCGAGCCCGCGCCCGCCGGCCUCGCCGACGCCGUGCUGCUGGCGCCCCUCACUGAGGACUCAUUCUUACACAACUUGCACGUGCGCUACAAACGAGACAUCAUUUAUACGUACGUGGGCAACGCAUUGGUCUCGGUGAACCCGUGCCGCGCACUGCCGCUGUACUCGGCGGAGCUCGUGCGCACGUACCUGGCCCGCCCGCCCUAUCUGCUGCCGCCGCACCUAUACGCCAUAACGGCCACCGCCUACCGCUGGGUUCGUGACAGAAAUGAAAACCAGUGUAUCGUGAUAACAGGGGAGAGCGGCGCCGGCAAGACGGAGGCGGCGCGCGUGUGCCUGCAGUGCGCGGUGGUGGCGGGCGGCGGCGGCGGCGGCGCGCUGGCGGCGGCCGGCACGCUGCUCGAGGCCUUCGGCAACGCCGCCACGGCGCGCAACCACAACGCCAGCAGAUUCGGCAAACUACUCGACAUAGAAUUCGACUUUAAAGGAGAACCCGUCGGCGGACACAUCACUCACUACCUACUGGAAAAGGAGCGCGUGUGUCGGGCGGCGGAGGGCGAGCGCAACUUCCACGUGCUGUACCAGCUGCUCGCCGGCGCCGACGCGCACCUGCUCAAGAGACUGAAGCUGCAGCGCUCGUGGGAGCAGUACCGCGUGCUGCGCGGCGGCGCGGGCUGCGCGGAGGGCGGGGGCGCGGGGGCGGGCGCGUGCGCGGGCUGCGCGGAGUGCGCGGGUGCGGCGGCGGGCGCGGGCGCGGGCGGCGGCGCGUCCCCCCGCCGCGCGCCCCCGCAGCCGCCGCCCGGCCCGCGCGCGCCGCAGGCCGACCGGGACCACUUCGCGUUCACUAAGGCAGCUAUGGGCGCGUUGGGGUUCAGCGCGGGACAGUGCGGUGCCGUGCUGCGUCUGCUCGCUUUCCUGCUCAAACUGGGAAAUGUGCAGUUCGAGCCACAACACAACAUCGAUGGCUCCAUCGGAACGCGUCUCCAGCAUGAGUACGAGCUGCGCGAGGCGUGCGCGCUGGUGGGCGUGGAGGCGGACGCGCUGGUGUCGGCGCUGGGGGCCGCGCCGCCGCUCGCCACGCACGAGGACGGUGCGCCUCACGAAGCGGCCUGCUCGGUGGAGGAGGAGUGCAGCUCGGAGGCCGGGUCCGAGACGGAGGGUGCGGGAGCGGAGUGGGCCCGGGCGCUGCGCGAUCGGCUGCUGUGUGCGCUCUACUCGCGUCUCUUCACCUGGCUCGUCAACGCCGUGAACGACGCCAUCAAGCCGGCCGUGGUGGGAGCGCGGCGCUCGCUGGGCAUCCUCGACGUGUACGGCCUGGAGUCGCUGGCGCACAACGGGCUAGAGCGGCUGCUGAUCAACUACGCGGCCGAGCGCGUGCAGGCGGCGGUCACGGCGGCCACGCUGCGGCGCGAGCAGGAGGAGUACGCGCGCGAGGGGCUCGCCUGGACGCCGCUGCCCUACGCCGACCACGAGCUGUACGCGGACCUGCUGGAUGCGGGUCCGGAGAGCGUGCUGGGAACGCUGCGCGAGUGCUCGGCGCGAGGGGCCAGCGACUCCGUGUUCCUGCAGCGCUUGCAGCGGCGUCGACACCCGCGCCUUCUGGUCCUGCCGCCUGACCGCUUUCAGGUGGUGCACUUCGGCGGCGCGGUCGUGUACAGCGCGCGCGGCGUCGUGCAGAAGAACCGCGACGCGCUGUGCAGGCGCUGCGCCGCCGUGCUGGCCGCCGCGCGCGAGCCGCUGCUGGCCGCGCUGUUCGCGCCCGGCGCCACCGCCUACGCCGGCAGUGCGGGGUCCCCGCGGAGGCCGUGCGCUCUGGCGUGUCGGCAGCGCGCGCUCGUCGGCGCGCUCGUGCGGCGCCUGCCCCCCGCGCCGCGCCUCGUGCGCUGCCUGCGCGCCGACGCCGCGCUCCGUCCGCACCGCUUCGACGGCGCGCUCCUGCGUCACCAGAUCCGCACGCAGGGGAUCAUGGACAUGGCGCUGUUGCGUCGGGCGGGCUGGUGCGAGUCGAUGUGCGCGCGUAGCGUGGUGGCGCGGUACGGCGUGCUACGCGCGCGCGCCGGAGUCGCCGCGCCGGCGUCGCCCGUGGAGCGCGACGAGCCGGUGCGCGCGGCGCGAGCUUUGCUGCGCUCGCUGCCCAUCCCCAGCGCGGAGUUCGCCUACGGUCGCACUAAAGUUUUCAUCCGCAGUCCGAGAACGGUGUGGGAGCUGGAGGCGCUGCGCGCGGCGCGCGUGGAGGCGCUGGUGCGCGCGGCGCAGCGCGCGUGGCGCCGGCACCGCGCGCGCGCCCGCCACCGCGCCGCGCGCCGCAUCGCGCUCGCCUGGCGCCGCCACCGCCAGCGCCGCGCCGCCCCGCGCGCCGCCCCCCGCGCCGCGCCGCGCGCCUCCGAGCCCGCGCAAAAUAUGAGCAGCGAGGCGGGAGCGAGCGCGGCGGCGUGCGCGGCGGAGGGGGGCGCGGGCGGCGCGGGCGGCGCGGCGGGCGCCACGCGGGUCAUCUGGCGCGCGUGGUGCGCGCACGCGCGGCGCUGCUACCUGGCGGCGCUGUGGGCGCGGCUGCCGGCGCGGCACCGCUCGCCCGCCUGCGCCGCCUGGCCGCCGUGUCCGCAGCCGCGCCUGCUCGCCCGCACGGAUGCGCUGCUGCGCCGCCUGCACCAUCGCUGGCGCUGCCACCUCUACCGUCGCGCUUUCGACCAGACCGCGAGGAAUCGUAUGCGCGAGAAAGUCACCGCGAGUGUGCUCUUCAAGGAUCGCAAACUCAACUACGCCCGGAGCGUCGGCCACCCUUUCGUCGGAGAUUAUGUGAGACUUCGGGCCUCCGCCGCCUGGCGUCGCGGGCUCGGCGCGGCCGCCGCCGACCGCUACGUCGUGUUCGCCGACGUGGUGGGCAAGGUGGCGCGCUCCAGCGGCCGCGUAUCACGCUGCCUCGCCGUCGUGUCCACCGGAGCGCUGCUGCUGCUCGAGGCGCGCUCGCUGCGACUCAAGCGCCGCGUGCCCGCGCACUGCGUGUACCGCCUGUCGCUGUCGCCCUACGCCGACGACCUGCUCGUCGUGCACGUGCGUGCGUGCGGCGGGCUCGAGAGCUCCACGGAGGAGCUGUCGCAGUGCUCGUCGCGCGAGCCGCUGGACGCGCCGGGCUGCCUGUUCGGCGGGGAGGGCGCGUGGCGGCGGCGCGGCGACCUGCUCGUGCGCACGUGCCACGUGCUCGAGCUGGCCACCAAGCUGUUCCUGGUGGUGCAGAACGCCGUGGGCGCGCCGCCGCACGUGAACAUCGCCACCGAGUUCGAGGCGAACUUCGGGCAGCAGAUGGUGACGGUGUCGUUCCACGCGGUGGGCGGCGCGGCGGGCGACGGCGGCGCGCGCCUGCUGCGGCGCGGCAGCCGCAUGGACGUGCUGCUGUGAGCGGCCGGCGGACUAUUGCAUUUAUGUACAGGUGCCUGUGUUCGUCGACGACGUUAUUUGUCGCCGACUCGAGGAGUUUAGCACGACGGGGUGCGCUCCGACCGCGCCGAGUGUUCACGCCGCUAGGAUUGUCC